AUGAAUAACAACCAGGCGGCACGUUACGGUGCCGGGAUUCUGCCGGGAGUGCACAUGACAUACCCCGCGUCGGCGGCGGCUGCAGCUGGGGCGCCCAAUCCGUACCAAAGCAUGCGAGGGGCGUACCCGGUCGCCACAACGGCAUUUGUGACCCAACAGCAACAAAUGAUAGCCCAACAACAACAACAACAACAACAACAACAUCAGCCGUAUCCAACAGCAGCAGCAGCGGCGGCGGCAGCCGUUCACCAUACUCAACCGCAGGCACAAAGUACACAACAACAACAGCAGCAGCAGCAGCAGCAACAGCAACAUCAUCACCACCAACAGCAACAACAGCGGGGGCGUGUGGCGGUGGAGGGGCCGUAUGGUCUUUUAGCCCUUCCAGGACUCAUCCAGCACUCUGUCAACGCGGAGAAUCCAGAGAGCGCGGCAUUUCUGUACCUGACACGUGGCUUUGAUCUUAACUCGCUUGGAAUCAACGUGGCGCAGCAGCGUCCUCUGCACCCAACGCUGGCGAGUUUAGCGCUGGAACGGCCUGAGGUGCCUGUUGUUCCCGAGUACCGUAUCCCCGACUGCUACAGGCAGGCAAAGCCGCGUCAACCCACGCUGAAACUGUUGCAAAAGUACACGGAUGAGACGCUGCUUUACAUUUUCUACUCCAUGCCACGAGACCUUUUGCAAUUAGCCGCGGCGCGGGUGCUGUUGGAGCGGGGUUGGUGGUUCCACAAGGUGCGGCAGCAGUGGAUGCGGCGACGCACAGCCGGUGGUUAUGAAUUUUUUAAUCAAAACAAAUGGAAGAUGGAGAGCGAAGAGAAUUAUCAGCCAAACCUCGCUGAGGUCGAGAAGGACCUCUCAGACCCGGCCCAUGCGGGCCCUAGCGCGGUGAUUGCUGGCAGCAGCAGCAGCAGCAGCGGCAAUGCGGGCGGUGGUGGUGGUGGCGGUGGUAGCACCGCUGGAACGGCCACUGACACGUCGCCUGUCACGCCCUCGACGACGGCAGCAGCAGCAGCAGCAGCAGCCGGUGUCACGGGGUCGUAA